AUGAGACUCUUAGAGAAAAUUAAAAUAAACUCACAACAGAGAUGGAUGGUAUGUUAUAAACUUGGUGGAAAGUAUGAAUGUUCUACGUUAAACCUCAAUAAUAUUGGAACAUUACUACAUCAGCUCUUGAAGGAGAACUUUAUAUCAGAGAUAGAAGCAAAUGCUGCAGGUAUUGUUGAAAUGCACUAUGACUUCUUCUUGACAAACAUAAAGAAUCUUACUGAAAUAAAGAUGUAUGAUUUAACAGAAUAUGAAGGCUUAACGAUGUCAGAUGUUAAGAAAGGAAAGCCACAGAAGCGACCAUAUAGAGAUGAAAGCACACUGACAAAUGACCAGAAAGCCAUUUUGGAAGCUCUUAAGCAAACAGGAAACCCAGCACUUAUAGAAAGCUUUUGGAAAGAUAAUGGUGAAAAGAAGUUUUAUAAGAAGAGAAGCGGUCAGUUCUGGAAGUAUCUUUGCACAUUACCUAUAAAUCUUGAACGCUACCAAAUCUUCAAUGAACUGAACAAAAGAACUGCAACACUUAUGACAGAGGACAAUUGUUUCGUUUAUGCUUGCAUUCAGGCUGGAGUAAAUGAAGAAACUAUUGACCACAUGAGAGAAGUCAUUCGUGUUAGAGACUUUCCUCAAAGUAAAGUACAAGAAAUUUCUGACGCAACAGGUAUAGCAUUUAAUGUUACCAUUGGUUAUUUCAAUGACUCAAGACAUAAUGAAAUAAAGAGAUACAUACCAAAAGAAUGUAAAACUGUUCGAACUAUUGACUUACUUCUUGUUGAAGACCACUACAUGCUAAAUGAAAGACUUCCAAUGACAACAUAUUUCAUUCGCAACUA